GGCAUUCGUCGUCCAACCCCGCAAUUCCGUUUUCCAUAUUCUUACGUCUAACCGUUAUCUUUCAUCCCGCUCGCUAACGCUCGCCAGCCGGACAUCAUCUCAGCCUCCCGCCGCCGCCUCCUCUCCAACUUCGAAGUCGACGAGCUCUUCUCGGGUCUCACGCUCCAAAUGCACGUCUUCAGCGACUGUCUCCUCCUCUCCAUCGACCCACGGUCGGCUUCCAUCUCAGCUUCCAUAUCCGCCCUGUCCUCGCACGCGAGUUCGUCGGGCACCAGUGUAGGUGUUCGAAGGGCGAGUACCGCCAUCUCGCACAUGUACAACACCGGUCAUGGAUGGAUGGGGAAUGCGAAUGCCAGUAGUCCGGCGCUGUCUAACACUACGUCGGCUGCGUCCUCUGCGUCGGCCCUGUUGCCGAAUGGGACACCCGCUCAGCAUAGACAGCGGGGGAGUGGGAGAGGUCAGACGAACGGCCUGUUGAGGAUUGUCAGCGCAUUUGCGGCCACUUCCGGUGUUGCCGGUGGGGGAAGUAGCAGCAAGAAACAACAGCAGCAGCCGAAACAUACCCUCCAAUUCGUCAUCCGCGUCACGUUGGGGGAUCUGGAGGUUGAGAGUGUAGGAACACUGGACGAUGAGCGGAUCGCUUCGUUGUUGCCUAACGCGUCCAGGGCGUCGGAAAGAUCGUCCUCCGCGGCAGACUCGACAACAGCAGGCCGCAUCGUCGUCCUCCGCCAUCUCCCAGGCGCCUCCAGCCGCGAUAAACAGGUCAAGACGCCGGACAGCAGCAACGCACCACCCAUCUCUCGCCACUCCUCCGCCCCAGAAACCGUGCACAACCACGUUUCAUCGUCACAUCCUUCCUAUGACAACUACACCAACACCAGCCGCCCGGCAUCCAUCCACGGGACCCUCCAACAAUCCCCCUCCACGCCAUCCCCCCACCACAACAACACGCAUACGAGUCUCCCACCACCCAUCACAACAACCCGCCCCCAGCACCCGCAAACCUCCACCCACCCGGGCGUCGACCGCUCGGCGUCGGGAUACUUCACCGAGGCGGAUCGAUCAAGCAGUCUGGCGAGCCCGAGACCCAUGUCGGGUGUCGAUGGGGACGACCAUCAUGCAGCGUAUGCGGGUGGGCAAGCCGACGCGGAGGAGCAGGAGAUGUAUGCGUUCAGAGCUCGGAACUCGAAACGCAUGGCGGGCCUGUUGGCUGCACUCGGGUUGGCCGGCGUGGGGGUGAUGAAGCCGUGAGCCGAUAUUUCACCCCCACUCCCCCAGUCUUGUCCAUGCAUCGGGUGUUUGAACAUGGUAUAGUGGCAGGAUGGGAUGGGGCCACCCCGUUUCGCGGCCCCUGGACACCCCCCCCAUUGCAAUAUAUUACACGAACACACAUAUGCACCGGUUUGGCCGUUCGGGGCCCCCUUCCAAACCCUCAGUUUGGGGAGUUUUGUUUUUAGGAGCAUUGAUUUGCGGGGUGUUUUUUGCUUUCGUUGGAAUGUACUGUACAUACAGGAGAGGGAAAACCCCACAUUCCUG